AUGUCUGCCCUCAUCGAUAAGCACAACAAGGAAAUGCGCGCCAAAGAUAGAUCGAUGGAAGAGCUCCGUACGCAGCUACUUCAGCAGGCUCGGUCGGGCAACUUUGAAGCUGGGACCGACAACUUCUGGAAAAGUCUAGUGGAGAAGAAUGCGCAAUUGGAAGUGGACCUCACUUGCUACAUGACGGAGCUCCAGUUUAUGCGAGAGGUGACUAUCAAAAAAGAAAGGUCCACCUAUGCCGAUUUCCUCUGCAGAGUGGUUGAAUUUCAGAUCGAGUGUAGGACUUUGAGGCGCCAACACGCCAUCGACAGGCAGGAGCUUAAGUUCCAAUUGGCGAGAGAGCAAUCCGCGAGGGCCAAGGAUCAAGUGGAUACGGAUGCCAUCAUCUCUUCCAAGGACUGGCAGAUUAACCAGCUAGAAAUUGAUGCAGCCAUCGGGGAAACUGAGGGCACCUCGGGGAAAGCGACGUUGUCUGAGCAUUGGAAGAAGGCUCUUGAUGAUUCUCAAAGCAGACUAGCCGCAUUCAAGGCCGAUCGGGACCGCACAGUCGGCAAGCUGGCCGCUGCUAAGAAAGAGACUGAAUGGGUCAUAAUUAAGAACAACGAGGAGAGGAUGAAGCUUGUUAAUCAGCAUCACGAAUUGGUUCGCAAGUUUGCUGAAAGCGAAAGGGUGCGCACUUUGUUGGCGGGUAUAACGAAGGAGUUAACAAAGGAUUUGAAGAGCACUAGGGUUCACUGUGCUGGUCUUGUAAACGCCAGAGAUGAGUAG